AUGUCUAUUAGAUGUACCUAAGCCGAUCAUCGAAAUCAAUAGAUAAUUGGAUGUUGUAUAGAUACUAAUUGCUCAGAUUAAAGUCCUUAUUGUAAUUCCUGUCUGCCUAGCCAUGGUUAACAUCUUAAAAAACUAAUGUCUUUAGAACUAUUAAAUGAAUGGAUUUAGCAAAAAAUUUUGAAAGUUAAAAAUGUUUAAAUGAAUGUUUAAGAGUGUAAAGGAUCCCUCGAUAGUCUUCUCGAUAUGUUGAUUCCUUAUUUAAACUGUAAUACACAAUAGUUCUCAGAAAUAGGGCUUUCCUAGAUUAAUCUCAUGAUGAAAGGUUUAUGUUCAUUGGAAAGUUGUGAGGUUUAGUUAUUUGAACAACUUAAAUGUGCUAUCUAAUAAAUCAAAUUUAUUAUAGAUGAAAUAGUAAAGAAAAUGAAGAAUAAUAGAAAUUACAAGGAAAAGUGUAGUUUUUAAAACCCAGCUCAACUUGAUUUUCCUUUCUCAAAUAGAACACCUAUGCGGCAAGGUAGAAUAGAAAGAAAUGUAAGCUAAUCGACCUUUGAACUCAUUGGCUAAAAUUCAAUUAAAUAAUAGGAUAGAUGUUAUGCUAUUGCAUUUAAUAAAGAUAACUCAAUAGUGUUAGUAGGAUGUGAUAAGGAUAUUAAAGUAUUUGAACAUCAAUACGGAAAAUUAAAUUAAAUAUAAUUAUUAAGCGAACAUAUCAAUAGUGUAUUCACUUUAAACUUCAUGAAUAAGACAAAUAAAUUUUUAUCCGGAAGUGUUGAUUCAUCAAUUAGAAUUUGGUAAAUGGUUGGAUAUAAUUAAUGGAAUUGUUAAUAGAAAUUAAAGGCACAUUCUGCUUCUAUUUUCUGUGUAUUGUUGAAUAGCACUGAUGACCUAAUUAUUACAUGUAGUUUUGAUACAACGAUCAAAUUUUGGAUAAAAAAUUAAUAAUGGAUAUGUGAAUAAACUAUAACUGAUAAUACUAAUCCAGUAAAUUCAUUGAGCUUAAAUGAAAAAUAAGAUAAGUUGAUUUCUUCUUCAUCAGACUCAAUAUUGGUAAUUGAGUAGUGUAAGUAGGAUAGAAAAUGGAGUGUUUCAUAAAAGAUAAAUUUAUUUGGGUAGAGAUUAUGUUUUAUUAAUGAUAAUUAAUUUACAUUUUAACCUUAUUGUAAAGAACAGAUGUAAGUGUAUAAUUUUGAUACUUAACGUCAAGAAUACAGAAUGACUAAGGAAAUAGUAGUAAAUUGUGGUUCAAAUAACGAUGAUGUCUUAUUUCCAUAAUAAUACUUAAAAUCUAAAUGUCUCUUAGUGAAUAAGAAUGGCAAGAAUGUUAAUUUAUUGAGGAAGAAAGAAAAUGGUGACUUUAUAAUUUAAUAAUCUAUUUAGUUCGGUACUCAUAAUAUUUAUGGAUAAUUGAGCAAUGACGGAGAGUAUUUGAUAACUUGGGAUACUGAAUCCAAAGAAAUCUAAAUAAGAAAGUUUAGGGAAUUAUGA